CGCUCAGCCCCCACUUUUAGUGUGACCAACCAGCCCGCUUACCCUGUAUUUUAUUGCCUUUUGCAAAUAAUAUUUGUUUACUGGUUGAAAAUCAAUGGAUAAGUUAAAUUUAACUUUAACGGCAGUUAAAAACCUACGCUCAAGCGUGCGCCAAUGCUUUGAACAGCUAGCUGAUGGCACCGAUGGCGAGGGCGUGGAGGAGAGCCGCAAUAAAUUUGUUCACGAUUUUCAAGACCGAUUUGGUGCUAUCAACUCGCAAUUGCGUGAAGUGGAGCAGCUCAUAAAUGGACUGCAAGUGCCGGCGACAGCAUAUCAUUUGGGUAAUACUACAUUUUUGGCACAGGAAACCUCGCAGGAUCGCCAGGCGCUGUAUCCACAGUUGGUUAACAGCUACAAGUGGAUAGAUAAAGUGCACGAUCAUAGUUUCUUGGCGUUUAAUAAUCUCAACCAAAACACGCUGCGCCGCUCUUACAACUACUGCUCACAAAAGCGACAACGUCUGCCCUUUACCUCAUUCAACAAUGAUCCGGACCACAUAGACAAGCUAUUAAGUGAGAUUAAUCAUCCGCCACACACAUCGUAUAAGGUGCUAAGACCCUUCGGCUCCAAUGCAGUGGCCAUAGUGUCCAUCAGCAAUGUAUUAAAGGCAGCGAUAGUAUUCAAGGGCGUGCUGAUUGAGUGGGUGACCAUAAAGGGUUACGAUGAGCCACUGGAUCAUGACGAUUUAUGGGCGGAGUCUCGUUAUGAGGUUUUCCGCAAGGUUCAAGAGCACGCACACUCGGCGAUGCUUCAUUUCUUCUCACCCACCUUACCGGAUUUGGCUGUCAAAAGCUAUGUCACCUGGCUCAAUAGUCAUGUCAAAUUGUUUCUCGAGCCCUGCAAGCGCUGCGGCAAAUAUAUAGCCAACGGUCUGCCGCCCACCUGGCGUGAUCUCCGCACACUUGAGGCAUUCCAUGAGGAGUGCCGCAAUAGCUAAGAAUUCUAUAGACACACAAUAGGCAUAACUUG